AUUAAGAACCCGUUUAGGUGACAGAAACGAAAUGUCUCGCUAUUCUCGGAGAUCUUUAAAUAUACUAUUAAAUUUUAGAAUUCGGAUUCAACGGGUUGUUGGAAGUUUGCUAAUUCCAGUGCGGACUGAUACAACGAACGUAUACGCCGACAUCGUUAAAAACACACCCGUUGCGCUGGCGGCUGCAAGAGCAAAUCUCACAAAUUUUACCAAGGACCUGCAAUUUUUCGACCUGAACGUGAGCCCCGCUCAACGUAGUGUUCGUGAUCAAGCCUAUGCGUUUGUUAAAAUAUUGGCACGCGAAUGGCAUAACGAAGUUCUUACAGCAGCUAGUUUGCGUGAAGGUAUUGAAAAUCUUUAUUUCCUUGGACAUUUUUGGAAGCGCGAUGAAGUCGUAGCCAGGACUAUCGGAAUCGACCUGAUCCAUCUGAUUAACGGAUUGGGACCACUACUAGAAGAAUGCGAAAGAUUUAGUGAAUUGGAUGUUACAAACUGGGAUCGAAUUGCUUCGGUUAUUAAGGCAGAGCUGGUGGGCGAUUCCACUACUCACACUAGUAAUGAAGACUGUUUCGUUGGGAAGAUUAAGUACUUUGUUUUGGACAAGGUCAUUGGGGCUGGUGGAUUUGGAGUCGUAUACAAGGCGCGAUUAGGUAAGGCGAUCUGUACAAUCAAAAUGGUCCCGAGAUCCCUGAUACCGGAUGUCGAACAUGCGCUAGCCGAUAAAGAGGUGGCGUCGAUGGUAAACCAUCCGUGUCUUGUGCGCUAUUACGCGACGUUCUCUACGGCGGAAUCGUUUGUCAUAGUGAUGGAGUACGUCCGGGGAGUAGAUGUGAUCCGACUUCUACACCUUUCCACACGCUUGUCCGACGUGCUCGUUAGGCUGAUCUUGGCGCAGCUUGCAUUGGCGAUAAUCCACAUGCAUCAUAAAGGCUUUAUUCACCGUGAUAUCAAGCCCUCGAACAUGAUGAUUACGGUGGGGUGCCGCGUUAAACUAAUCGACUUCGACACAGCUAAAGUUUGUUUCGGAAAAUUUGCUAAUCGUGCUCUUCCUAGUUUCUACAUGCGAACAGCAGAAGAGCUUAAGGACGGCGAAAUUGCGGGCACGGUUUCCUAUAUGGCUCCAGAAAUACUGUUGUAUAAGGACUACGGACGUAGUGUAGAUUGGUGGUCUUUUGGAGUAACGGCGUUUGAACUAGCAAUCGGCAAACGUCCCUUCGGUUUAAAGGACAGUAUACCUUUCGAUGAACAGAAGAAGAAAGUCGUUCGGGGAAAUUACGAGUUUCCGACCGGCGUGACUUUGUCAAAACAGCUUAAAAAACUUAUAGGGUCGUGCCUUCAGAGACAAUUGUCACAGCGGUUUUGCACGGAACACUAUUCCCAGUUCUGGAAUCACCCGUAUUUUUCUGGACUGGACUUACGAUGGGUCGAAACAAGCCCAGAAGUACUUAAAUUCGAUCCUCUGGCGUCGGUGAACGCUGGAACGCUCACCUACGACAUCAAACAGGGAUGCGAUUCGCCCGAAGCAACGCCCACCGUUGGCGAUAGGUGCAAUCGGCUCUUUCCAAAAGCUGGCUUCACUGAUACUGACUCUCAAGUGCGACUGUACACGUAUUCGUCGCCUGGUUUCAAAGACGCAUGUCGUAUGAUCCUUAGGGGAGAGUGUCCUACCGAGCAAGUUAUCCAUAUUAUGCCUGAACUAAUCGAUCUACACGAAGAGGCUGGAAAUUUCUAUUUUGGAGAUGAUUCCAAAAGACAUCCUCCGGUUUGAAUUUGUGUAUUACUACCUCGAAUUCUAAUGAGUCAGCUUCUUUGAAGCGUAGUCCAGCUGCUAGCAGAAGUAGCAUACAAAAUGAAGGAGGGAUCUUGAUCGUAUGACCUCAAUGCCCCGACGAGAACGUUGGAAGAUCUUGACUUCCUUCGCGAGGCCGCUGGAAAGUCUUAAAGAGGACUUCGAUAUGGAAAAUGUGGA